AACGACAUUAGGGGGCAGAGACUGUGGGGUUAGGGGGCGUGCCCAUUACACCUACAUGCAGGUCCGGUGAGUGCAGUUGAGGUGUUAUAACUACACUGAGUACGUCUUUAUUCAUAACAACGUAUUUCUUCAUAGGUUCUCAUCUCAUCUUGAAACAGGAGAUUAACCAUGACACAAGGAGCCAAACGCACGCACACUACUGAGAGAGAAUUUGGAGGGACUCUUGGUGCUAUUUGUAUCCCUAUCUUCCUCCCAUUGACGGUGCUGUUUCUUAUCGGUGUGAGUCGGACACCUUCAGCCAGUCCUUUCCAGUGGCCUCCUCCCUUCCCUUCCUCUGACCUGCUCUGGCACCCUCUGGCCCCUGUGCUGCUGCUGGGAUGGAUAGGCCUGCAUGCACUCCUCUACCUGCUGCCUCUGGGGAAGAUGUCAGAAGGACUAGAGCUGAAGAAUAAGACACGCCUCAAGUAUCCUAUAAAUGGUUUCCACGCCAUGUGCAUCAGUGUGGGGCUGAUUCUGCUGUUGCUAAAGCUCGGUGCUCCUCUGGGUCGCCUCUUUGAGUUGCUGCCCCCUCUGGCCGUGUGUGCUAUUGUGCUGUCAUUCUUGUUCUCCGUCUUCCUCUACGCACGUUCCUUUUCAGUCCCCUCUGACGCUCUGGCUCCAGGAGGUAACACAGGAAAUCACUUGUACGAUUUCUUCAUUGGGCGGGAACUAAACCCUCGGAUUCAAGAUUUUGACCUAAAAUAUUUUUGCGAGCUGAGGCCAGGUCUUAUUGGAUGGGUGGUGAUUAAUUUGGGUUUCCUAAUGAAAGAGGCGGAGCUCCAAGGUUCCCCAUCCCUCGCCAUGAUCCUUGUCAAUGGUUUCCAGCUGUUGUAUGUCGGAGAUGCUUUGUGGAAUGAGGAGGCGGUUCUCUCGACUAUGGACAUUGUUCACGAUGGUUUCGGGUUCAUGCUGGUGUUUGGAGACCUGGUUUGGGUGCCCUUUACUUAUAGCUUACAGGCCGCUUUUCUAGUUGUCCACCCACAGUCACUCAGUUGGUUUGGAGCAGCUGUUAUAAUAGCACUUAAUGGGAUUGGGUAUUAUAUCUUUAGGAGCUCAAAUUCACAGAAAAACCAGUUCAGAAGAGAUCCAAACCAUCCCAAUGUUUCAAAGCUGAAAACCAUCCCGACAGCAUCAGGGAAGAAACUGCUGGUGUCCGGAUGGUGGGGUUUUGUUCGUCAUCCCAAUUACCUCGGAGACCUGCUCAUGGCGCUGGCCUGGUCCCUGCCAUGUGGGUUUUCAAAUCUCCUGCCAUACUUCUACGUCAUAUACUUCACCGUCCUGUUGAUCCACAGAGAGGCGCGUGAUGAGAGACAGUGUAAGCUCAAAUAUGGGGCAUCCUGGGACUCCUACUGCAAACAGGUCCCCUACAGAAUAUUCCCAUAUAUUUACUAGAUAAUACAUACAAUUUUACAGAAGACAUUAUAAGCUAAACACUACAGUCUGUAGUUUCUCUGUCUAAUGCUAAUGUGUUUUUGUGUAUUUUUCUAGUGUUGGUUUUACUCACUAUUACUCACAUUCAGUUUUUUAAUUAAACUAUAACAUACAUA